AUGGAACGUAAUCAGAAUGGGAAGACCUUUGGUCAUGGUAUACACCGCACGGAACAUCAGAAAACUAAUACCGGAGAGAAGACUUAUGAUGAUAGGAAGGUCUACACCUGGAACUCACACCUUGCCAAACAUCAUCAGAGCGUUCAUGGUGGGCAGGUACAUGAAAGAGCCUUAAUUCAGAAUGCACUAUUUAUUCCGCAUCAGAGAUCUGAACACGGAGAGAAACCUUAUGAAUGUAGUGAACGUGGAAACACUUUUGGGAAUUACUCAGCCCUUACAGUACAUCAGAGAAUUCACACUGGAGAGAAACCCUAUGCAUGCAAGGAAUGUGGGAAAGCCUUUAAUCAUAACGUCUCUCUUAUUCAACACCAGAGAAGCCAUACUGGAGAGAAACCCCAUGAAUGUAGUGAAUGCGGGAAGGCUUUUAGUCAGAUAACGCGCUUUAUUCAACAUCAGCGAAUUCACACCGGUGAGAAACCUUAUGAAUGUAACGAAUGCAGUAAAGCCUUCAGUCACAACUCAUCCCGUAUUGAACAUCAGUUUAUUCACACUGGAGAGAAACCCUAUGAAUGCAGCGAGUGUGGCAAGGUCUUUAGUCGGAGCUCACACCUCUAUCAACAUCAGAGAACUCACGCUGGAGAGAAACCGUACGCCUGUGAGGACUGCGGGAAAGCCUUCAGUGAUCGAUCCGCCCUUAUUCGACACCAGAGAACUCACACUGGAGAAAAACCCUACAAGUGCAGAGAAUGCGGCAAAGCUUUCAGCCGGAGCUCAACGCUCCUAAAACACACAAAAACCCACACCGGAGAGAAACCGUACGCCUGUAAGGGCUGUGGGAAAGCCUUCAGCCAGAGUUCAUCCCUGACGCAACAUCGGAAGAUUCACACUGGAGAAAAACCGUUUGAUUGUCACGAGUGUGGGAAAGCCUUCAGCAGGAGUGCCCAUCUUACUCAGCACCAGAGGAUUCGCACCGGAGAGAAACCCUGUGGGUGGAAUGAAUGUGGCAGAGCUUUCAGGUGUAGUUCAGCCCUCAUUAGGCAUCAGGGGCUUCACGGUGGAGAAUCACUCUGAAUGUCUGGUCAUUCAGACCCGUCACUUUGUUAAAUACCAAAGAAUCCUACUUUCAUGAGUUACUA